AGUACUCAUAUCCUUCCUCACUUGGCCAUCUACCAAAAUUUCGUCGAAACCGUGACUUGAAUUAUAGCGCAGGAACGAAAGAAAUCACACAUAACCAGCCGAAAGAUCAGUUUUUAAGCCUCGAUCGAGCUAGUAUAGGAACGCCGUGACGAGUCGAAAUCACGGUAGAGAAGAUGGGGGAUCAAGGAGCCGGUGGAAUCGAGAGUCGGGGCGUUGAGAGCAACACAACAAGACGAAUGUCUGAGCCACGACCAAAUUCACACGACGACCAGAUCCAGCAAAAAUCUUCCGAAACGAAGGCACCUAAUACCGAGAGCGAGGAGCAAAAGUAUGCACAGACUGGUCCCAGACAUUUGGUGCCUGUGCACCCCGGAAAUCCGACGUCGAGUGGUGGGCUUUCGCGGAAUCCGUCUACAAGCUCUAACGUCUCUAGAGACUCGCGUAUCUUAUUUGAGUUUUCUCAAAGACCUCGAGCUUCAAGACCGUUGGAACCACCGGUAACGAAAGCUACUUUGAGCGAGUUGGAUGUAAAUAAGAUUAUCCACAACCCAAAGUUACGCCACGAUAUAAAUUUCGACCCGGACCUUCAUUUCAGACCCAAUGUUGAUGGAGAGAAGGGCAGACGAAAGCAAGAGAAGGCCAAUCAAUUUUGGAAUACACUCACGGAACAAUUGCAACUAUUUAUCAUGGAUCGGGACGAAUUCAUGGCUAGGUUUGGACAGGGCGAAGAAUGGUGCCUCCCGCAGUUACUAAAGUCGGUUAAAGAGAUCAUACAGACAUUGGUGCCGCAGAGGGAUCGUAUGUACCUGGACGAAGGCCUAAACGUGGAUUUGAUCAUGCAACAAUUUAGCAAGGGGAUGGCAGAUUUGGAAAAGCUAGCUUCGUGGUUGUCUGGAGUGCUCAAGUCUCAUUGCGCCCCUAUGAGGGACGAAUGGGUAGACGAGAUGUACAACCAGCUAACGAACGGUAAUAAGACUAAUGAUAUGGAGGAAUUGGUACAAGGAAUGCGAAGCCUCUUGAGCGUUCUAGAAGCCAUGAAGCUCGAUGUUGCCAACCACCAAAUCAGGUGUCUACGACCGAUUCUGAUCGAAGAUACGGUCCACUUCGAGCAACGUUUCUUCCUGAAGAAAAUCCGGGAUCGCAAGAUGGACCCAAGUCCGGCUCAGGCGUGGUACUUGACGGUGAGUCAGUAUUAUUCCAGAGAUCCUGCGUCUGUCCAAGCGUUUGGAGAAAUGGGUGUAUUUUUCGAGGCGCUGUGCAAGAUGAUACUUCCCUCGACCGAUCCUUACUCGCAUCCGGACACAUUUGUAUUCGACGAAGAGCGAAUGGCCAAACUACGAUCCGAUAUGCUUGAUGCAAUCAACCUUGAAAUCUGCAUGCGUCUAUAUGAGAACUUAGAGAGGAGGUACAGAUAUUGUGAUUCAAUGUCUAGCGUCAGCUCCAUUCCCGCGCCUUUCCUAUCAACACCAUUUUCAGAUGCUUCUGGCUUCCUAAGGACAGAAGAUGAUGACUCAGCACAUUCGAGACCAUCCAGCCUGGUAUUCAGCUCUGCUGGAUCAGCUCACUCCUCUCCACGCGCUUCCCUAAUAUUACCCACUCAACCAGCCGCAAAUCGCCCAGAAGAUCAACAAUCUAAAUCGAAAAAUCUUUACAAUUCGCUUGUUGCACUGCUCCAAACCUCCCCCGCCAGCUCACGAUCAGUUUCCCGAUGGAAGGCUAUGAAAGAUUCCUUAGCUCUCCAAAUUUUCCGAUACACCAACGCCCCAGCACAAGACCUUUUGCAAUUCGAAGACGAGCUUGAUAACCACCUAUCCGAACUCUCCUCCCCGCUCUUCCAGCAGGUAGAACAGUACUACCACUAUCACCUCCUUGUGGAAACCCGACAACGUGUCAAGGACUUUAGGGGGCUAACCGGUGCUGCCCUAUUCUCGGUCGCUACCGGCGGUCGUUUACAUGGCCCUAACCGCACCUUCGACGGUCCCCGCGAGAACACAACUCGAGAGCGUACUUCUCUGGAGAAUGCUAUCAGGGAAGCGCGGGAAGAGGGCGGCGUCGAGGAUAUGGCCACGCGACUAGCCCACAUGGGUCUGCUCCAUUGGAGAGUCUGGUCGCAUUUGGCGUACGCCGGAGACCUUGACAGUAUCAUGGCCAUACCUGAUAUGCCGAUGGCGAUCUAAUUAUUGACGUGUCACGCAUGAGAUCCUCUUCGAUUCUUGGAAGUACCGAUUUUCUCGUUCACAUGGAAACACGCCUUACAUUUUUAAUCAGCUCCAUCUCAUCACCUUUCUCCCUUCAUGAUUGCGUUUCGGGCGAUACCUCUAUGGCGAGUCGACAUUAUUAAUACCCAUUA